AUGAAGGGCUCUUGCUCUUUUGUUGCGUCCGCACUCGUCGCAUCUACAGUGGCUCUCACCUCUUCCUCGGCUCAUCCUGACGUCUCUUUCAAUCCCUGCUCCAAUAUGGGCUCAUCUUCUUCUUCGGGGAAGGGUGGCGCUACCACUUGUCAAGUGAUGUCGUCCGAUAGGGAGAAAUUCGCCCCAAGAUUUGAUGGCUUGAGGUUCAUCGAGACUUUGGUGACGGCACACAGGUGA